AUGGAAGCCAUCAAGCGGACCUUCAGCCGCUGCAAGGCGCAGAGCAGGGUCAGUGACGGCAACCCGCACAAGCGGUCUUGGAUCUGCUGGCAAGGCGUAGGCAAGGCUGACAUGCCCAAUUCUCCCUCCACCACAGGCUGCACUCGUCACCUAUGUCACGGCUGGCUUCCCGCGUCCGGAAGAUACGCCUGGAAUACUGGUGGCGAUGGAGAAGGGAGGAGCUGGGGCGCAUUUGUCGCAACAGAUGUGAUCGAGCUCGGCGUUCCCUUCACCGACCCUAUUGCCGAUGGGCCAACAAUUCAGACUGCCAAUACUGUUGCCCUGGAACAUGCCGUCACGAUCGAGUCGACGCUGGGUAUGGUCAAGAAGGCGAGGGAAAUUGGCUUGAAGGCCCCCGUCAUGCUCAUGGGCUACUACAACCCCCUACUCAGCUACGGAGAUGAACGACUGCUGCGGGACUGUCAGGCAGCUGGUGUUAACGGCUUUAUCGUCGUCGACCUCCCGCCCGAGGAAGCCGUUUCCUUCCGGAAGCUCUGUGUACGAGGAGAUCUGUCAUACGUCCCCCUCAUCGCACCUGCAACCUCGGACGCUCGGAUGAAGCUUCUUUGCCAACUGGCCGACUCGUUCAUUUACGUCGUCUCCCGCCAGGGCGUGACGGGCGCUCAAGGAACACUAAACGCCAAGCUUCCUGAGCUGGUCGAUCGUGUCAAGAAGUAUAGCGGCAACAAACCGGCGGUCGUCGGGUUUGGGGUCAGCACCCAUGAGCACUUCCAAAGCGUCGGCGCCAUUGCCGACGGCGUCGUCGUUGGCAGCCAAAUCAUCACCACGCUUCAGAAUGCCGCCGCUGGUCAGGGGGCAAGCGAGGUGGAGAAGUACUGCGCCUACCUCUGCGGCCGCGAUGGAUUUGCGCAGAAAAAUGCCGCGCAGGUGACCCGUGGUGACGAUGAGACAGCCGAUGCCGCCUUGCCCCUUGCAGACCGAAUCACGGCCGAGCAGGACAGCGCGUUGGUUGCCCAGCUCGCCUCCCUGCAUGGCAAGAUCCCGGCGCGGUUCGGAGAGUUUGGCGGCCAGUAUGUUCCCGAAAGUCUGAUGGACUGCCUUUCGGAGCUCGAGGACGGCUUCAACAAGAUCAAGGACGACCCGGACUUCUGGGAGGAGUACCGCUCGUACUACGAUUACAUGGGACGACCUUCACGCCUGCACUUAGCUGAACGCCUGACCGAUCACGCUGGAGGCGCGAGAAUCUGGCUGAAGAGAGAGGAUCUCAACCACACCGGCAGUCACAAGAUCAACAACGCUUUGGGCCAGCUUCUGCUCGCGAAAAGGCUUGGAAAGACCAAGAUCAUCGCGGAGACGGGAGCUGGCCAGCACGGCGUUGCCACUGCCACUGUUUGCGCCAAGUUUGGAAUGGAAUGCACCGUCUACAUGGGCGCCGAGGAUGUCCGCCGGCAGGCGCUUAACGUGUUCCGGAUGAGGCUUCUCGGAGCCAAGGUGGUCGCCGUCGAGGCCGGAAGCAAAACCCUUCGCGAUGCCGUCAACGAGGCUCUUCGUGCCUGGGUUGUCGAUCUGGACACCACCCACUAUAUUAUUGGUUCGGCGAUCGGGCCUCACCCUUUCCCGACCAUUGUCCGUACGUUCCAAUCCGUCAUCGGCGACGAAAGCAAGAAGCAGAUGUUGGAACAGUGCGGCAAGCUGCCCGACGCAGUUGUUGCCUGUGUCGGUGGCGGAAGCAACGCCGUCGGCAUGUUCUACCCCUUCGCCAACGACCCUGGCGUGAAGCUCCUGGGUGUCGAAGCCGGCGGUGACGGCGUGGAUACCGCGAGACACAGUGCCACGCUGUCGGGUGGAACCAAGGGUGUUCUUCACGGCGUCAGGACGUAUGUGUUGCAGGAUAAGAACGGCCAGAUAUCGGACACGCACUCCGUAUCGGCGGGCCUCGACUACCCCGGCGUGGGCCCGGAGUUGAGCUCGUGGAAAGACACCGGGCGAGCCGAGUUCAUCGCCGCCACCGACGGAGAGGCCUUCCAAGGCUUCAGGCUCUUGAGCCAGCUCGAGGGUAUUAUCCCGGCACUCGAGUCCGCCCAUGGCAUCCACGGCGCCAUUGAACUGGCCAAGAAGAUGCAGAAGGACAAGGAUAUCAUCAUCUGUCUGAGCGGCCGAGGUGACAAGGAUGUGCAGAGCGUGGCCGACGAGCUGCCCAAGUUGGGACCUGAGAUCGGAUGGGACUUGCGGUUUUGA